UGACUACCCAAAUCGACCUGCUGAUAACAAAAAACAAGAACCGUUUGUAGCAUCGACGACAUGUAUCGAACUAGCGAAUGGCUAGUGUGAGUUGUUUGUAAUGCCCGAAAAAGUGAUCGGAGAAUUGAUGUUUCUUCCCCAGUAAUCAAGUCAGGCAAUUUGCAUAGACAUGCAAAGAACCACUGUGCCUGUCUUCGUUAGUAAGUAUGUCCAGUCUUUUGCAUCAAUUCGUGCAAUACCUGCAAUUCAAGCUUCUCAACUUGAAGCCAAUUCGGAAACGAGUCGAGUAUUUGAAAACAAGUUGGCAUAUUCAUAUUUGCGAGUAAGGACCAACUAAGUGGUGUUUCCAGCAACUUGAGUUUCCAUUCUGCUAUCGAUUUGGGGCAGUUUUCAGAAUCGGAAUGCUCGGUCAAUUGGUAACUUUGAAGCUUAUCACGCACUACAGUGAUCUGUUCAAGAAACCUUUUUUGCCAUUCUGUCUUUUCAGGUAACCUCUCUUGUUCCUUUGUCUCGGAUACUGUGUACUUUAGUUCUGUAUUGGUUUGUUCCCGUGUAAUACAUUUGAUUGGAGAAAGCUGUUUUGAUUCAUUCCUGACCUGUUAGAAUGAAAUAAUUUUUAAUCGCGUAGUGUCCAUACCUUACGGAAAGCAGAUAUUCAAUGCCAUCCAAAGGGACAUUUCGAUUAGUAUUUUGUUGGUUCACAACGACGUCCGGAAAAGCACCGCGCUGAUUUGUUUGUUCAUCAAGAGGCCCGCUUGUAUGGACAGCAUUAACAGCAUUUCUUUUUCUCUUAGGUGCCAUUGGAUAAUCACAAGCUGCUUUUUUUUUUUUGGACUAAAUGAAUUUUCAAACACACCGAAGUGCUUAAUGCAUAUUAAAAGGGGAGACAACUAGGAAAAAUAAUCGGAUCAAAUACGAAAAGGAGUUCUGCACGUCCAAGUCAAAGCAAAAACAGUUGCAUAUUGGUUUUUCGCUUCUCCAUACUACAAACCACCGAGCACAGUACCAGAAAUGGCAUACGUGUUUUAGAGUACUAUUUAAAGAAACAGUGCUUCUUCGUAACAAGAGAGGGAAGUCAUAAACAUCUUUUUACCAUCUCCAAAGCCAGGGUGAUUUUGUACAAAUCGUUCUAUUGUUAUUUUCAUAGUCGACUAUUCGAGCUGCACUCAACAUUAAGCUUCAUGAAUGUUUGAGAAUAUCAUCUGUAAAACGUUUUUCCGACGAAACAUUGGUCAUUUUAAAACAUCCUUCUUUCUGAACUGGGUUAAAAAAAAAGAACAUCAAGUUAACUGUCACAUUCUCAAGCGUAAAGCAUCAACAACUUCGGCAAGUGAAUGGGUAAACAAAGAUAUCUAUGAUUUACAAACUCAAUCACUAUCAACGGACAUUAAUAAUGAACCCAUUUCGUCAACUCAGUCUUCUCUCUGGAGACAACAGCGACAAAGUGGAGAACUACAUGUUCACACAACAUUAAACGUCGUCGUUGACCAGCAUUUAGCAAAGCAAAACAGGUCACUAUUGGGAAGAGAGAUUAACAACCUGAAAUCCUUCCAAUCUGAGCUUUGGAAGUCGAAAGAUACAUUGAUUACUCAAAAACCUCCAAGACAAUUGACCGAAUUAGAGGUAAUGGCCUAUUUAUCCGCGUCGCUUCCUCCCCAAUAUGCAGCUCUUCACAAUGUUUUUGGUGAAAUUGCACUUCGUAUACCAGAAUUUCUACGACGUUCUGGACUCAGACUAUUUGAUUACGGAUUCGGUCCGGCGUUGGGUGCUAUCGCUUGUUCACAAUACAUGAAAGAGCCGCUUCACGCCUUGGUUCACGAAGGAAAUCCUUUCAUGCAUAAUAUUGCCGACGACUUGGCCCAUCAGUAUCAGAGUCAAACAGACAUAUUCGCACAGUUUCAUAUCACAAAACUUCUUCCUUUCUCCACGGAGGGAACGUUCGAUAUUUUUGUCUUGUCAAACCGUUUAAACGAAAUGAAGACAGACGGCGAGUUUUACAGCUUUUUACGUCGUAUUUGGUCGCUUGUUUCCGACCAGGAUGGACUUCUUAUCCUCGUAGAAGACGGGUCUCCUCGCUCAUUCCAAACAUUGAGUCGAGCACGUUCCUUCCUACUAAAAAAAUCACCAAACACUGAUGAAUCCAACACUUCCUCAAAAGUUCACGUAGUGUCACCUUGUCCACACGAUAUGGAAUGCCCCAUGCAAAAAGCCCCAUCUCAUUUUAAGAGCUGUGCGUUCACCCAGCAUUUUUACCGGCCAGUUUGGAUGCGUGAAUACUCAAAAUACAAAUACGCCAAUCGUAGCACAGCAUAUUCUAACUUUAGCUACUGUGUUUUAAGGAAAGGAAAACCGAGACCACCUGUUCAUGAUUACUUAAGCACAGAUGGUUUAGAGUUGGCUUCCGAUGACUUACCUCAGUCUUUCCAUCAAUGGCCUCGUAUUGUGCAACCGGUAAUGAAACGACGAGGACAUGUCGCAAUGGAUGUCUGUACUAGUAAAGGCUGUCUCGCACGUUAUGUAUACACAAAAUCUCAAGGAACCGAAACUUAUCGCAUGGCUCGAAAAUCAAAGCUUGGUGAUGCUUUUCCCAUCUCCCCUAAAACAAUAAUCCGUUACUACCAUUCACAUACACCGUCCAGUCAUAACCUGUUUCAUUCAAUUUCUCCGUGUUGCUCGCCGCGAGCUUCGUAUCAAAGACCGGGCAAUGACUCGUUUAGACGCAGAACCACUACGAAUUACAUGAUAGCCUUAAGCAUUUUUGCUUUGGGCGUAACGUAUUCUUCCGUUCCUCUGUAUCGAUUGUUUUGUUCAAAAACGGGUUAUGGAGGUACGGUGAAUACGGAUAAUACACGCAUGUCAGCAGAACGCAUGGUGCCCAGGAACGAAGCACGUCGUAUUCGUAUCAAGUUCAACGGAGACGUCGGUGGAAGCCUGGAUUGGAGACUGUGGCCGCAGCAAAGAGAACUAUGGGUUCUACCCGGUGAAACAGCACUUGCGUUUUACUCUGCAGAAAAUAAAAGUGAUCACGAUAUCAUUGGGGUAGCUACAUACAACAUUGUCCCCGAACAGGCCGCACUCUACUUUAAUAAAGUAGCUUGUUUUUGCUUUGAGGAACAGCGUCUCGAUGCUCACGAGAAAGUCGACUUGCCGGUAUUCUUUUUCAUUGAUCCAGAAUUCGAUGACGACCCGAACAUGAAAAACGUCGACGAAAUUCUUCUUAGCUACACAUUCUUCCAAGCUCGUUUUGAUAAACAAGGCAACCUUCAGACAGUAUCGUAACCUCGUUGCGAAUACAAACAAAUAUUGCAUUAUCCAUAAUGUUGAAAUGAUUAAUCAUUCGUAUUUCAUAAUCUCUACAAGCAUGCGUAAAUUUACUUUGCGACUUCCUGUUGAAUAGAGUACAUCAUCUCCUCCUUCAAAAUCAGUUGUCGCGUUUUUUCGACUCUGUUCAGCAAAAAGGUAAUGCUUGCUGACCACUCAUUAAGUUGUUCGUGUACAUUCUUUGCCUUUUUGAACGAAACCGUACCGGCAGGUCUGUCAAUACGGGCAUAAAAGUGUCCCUUUGUAAUAAGCUCUGACAAAAACUGUUCUGUUUCCUCAGCGGACAGAUCCAACAGAAUACUCAAGCGAUCACAACGGAUACGGGUAUAGUAUUUAGCAAUGACACGCAAGUUAUGCUCGAUAACACGCUUACGCAGCUCAGACCAGCGCUUUUCGCCCUUCUCAUCACCAGCUGCGAAAACCGCAGUGCUUCGUAAAACUUCACCGUAAAUUUCUGCAAUGCGGGGCCAGCGCAUCAGCUCAUUGAUGGUGAAACAUUUAACAAGCUGUUGCAACAGAGGCAAAGAAGACAAUUUGCGAUCGGCGUUCACGCGCUGCAGUAAAUCAGCCUGCUCGUUAUCAUAAGGCGCCAACAAUACGAAGCACACAACAUUCUCAAGAAUUUCGCGCCAUUUCUCGGGGUCUGCUUGGAUACUGGCUGUGUCAUAAACGACGCGAUAGUAUUUACACACGUCAAGAUAUGCAUCCUCAUGCAACCCGAUGCGAAUUUUUUGCUCAUAAUACUUGAGUUUCAGAUCUUGGACCUCCUCCUUUUCAAAGAAUUUGACGGAUAUCUUCUUGGCAAAGGUAGAAGCCAUGUAGUAAUCAGAACACAGCAAGUGUAACCGGACCUGCUCUAAAAUAAGAUCGACCUUCUCCUUCUGGUCGAGAGACGCGUACGUUUCAACAGGUUCAUUACACAAGAUAUCUUUAGCCUCCUCAAUCUUUCCCUCUUCUUCACGGAUGUUGGACAAAAGUCGCGUAAGACGGGCACGUUCAAUUUCAACGUAGAUUUUGCCGUCUGUGAUGCCUCGCAACGUUUCAAUAAGAUCAAUCUUAAUCUUCUUGUCUUUGAUAUCAUCGAGGUAGCCCAUCACAUGUUGCACCAGGCUCGUCAUAGCUUGUUUCAGCUGUCCAUGUUUUUUGGAUAAACUAACGAGUUGCUCGUUCAAGAGCUUGUAAUCCUUAGCUUGAUACAAAAGAUCAGCAAUGUAAAUAAGUAUCUUAGUGUUCGUGGCAUUAUCUGAAGCCUGACGCACUUGUUUUUCAAAAAUCAACAAUUUCUCCAAGGAGGCAUCCUAAUUCAACGAGUUAGCGCCGAAAACUCCGCGUUUUUUUUACACAUACAAUUUUGACACGAUCCAAUGAAUCAAUGAGGGCUUGAUACUCCUCCGUAAAAUCUUUUUCUGGC